GUCCGUCUUCGCUUCGCUCUCUCGAUACACCUACUUAUAUAUACUUAUGGAUGCAUGUAUGAAGUGCAGUGCAGAUUUGCAGAAGCACACAUCAGCAGCAGCAAGCAAAACAAGCCAUAGUGUGAUGUUUAGUACCUACUCCCUCUUAAGUAUAUUGAGUAUUAUUAUUAUAAGUAUACACGAUACUUUUAUCUCUUAUCUCUUUCGUUUCGCGGGCAUUUAUGCCAGUGUGUGUACUUAUUUUGCCAGCAUAUUGCAGACACUGGCAGAAUAAUUAUAAGCUCUCGGUGCACGAUUACAUUAAGUAUUUAUCGUCUUUGAUUGCACGAUUCUUUGACCAUCAACGACGAGUUCUCAUCUACUUGCAUUAGUCGCGUGUCGCGCGAGUGAUUUUUCCAUCAUGACGCACAGUCUGUGGUGGUGGUGGUGUACGUGUACCUAGUAACUAAUGGUAGUUGAUAGUGCAAAAGUGUCAUCGGAUCUUAAGUAAAUCGCCGUUGGUCUCAACUGUAAGACAUCCAAGUACGUGUUCGUAUACGUUUUAUAUGUUUGGCCAAUCAUCAUCAUCGUCACCUAGACUUGAUCAUGACGACCGAGGAGAAGUUUAAAGCUGCUGUCAAUGUUAUCAAGAGCUUGCCGAAAAACGGUGCCUAUCAGCCCAGCCAUGAGUUGAUGUUAAAGUUCUACAGCUACUUCAAACAAGCCACUGAAGGCCCCUGCACAAGCUCCAAGCCAGCCUUCUGGGAGGUGGUCAAGAAGGCCAAGUGGGACGCAUGGAAUCGCUUGGCCGACAUGAGCAAGGAGGAUGCGAUGAACAAGUACGUCGAGGAGCUCAAGAAGGUCGUCGAGGCCAUGUCCAGCGUGGAAAACGUCGCUAGUUACGCCGACGAUCUUGACUCGUUCAAUAGAAAUGUGCCUGUCAAAGACUUGGAACUAGUCGUUGGCCCAGUCCUCGAGAAGAUACGCUCGCAGUCAAAUUCCCCAAUCCCCGAGACCUUUGAAGAUUCAGCGCUCAGUAGCAGGAAGGAAAACGGCGACCCGCCAGAUAUCGUCAACAGUUAUAGAAGUAACGGAGAAGUUAGUACAGCCGACGAUAUGAAUGCUUACUCUGGGGAAACUGAAACCGAAGAUGAGUUCAUUGAUUCGGUGGAAUCUGCUGCGCCAGCCAUUUCCCACAAGAAAUUUUCCAAGACUCACGUCAGAGAGGAUCAGAAUGAGCAUCAGAAAUCGAGACACGAUCUUAAUUGCUCGUUUGUAAACAACAAUGACAAUAAUAACUUUAUCAAUCAGAUUGCUACGACACUGAAGAGCCUGCAAAAAGACUUGGAUCAAGUUAUGGUUAGAAUUGCCAAUAUAGAGCAACAAGUGCUGUUGUUGACAAAGAAUCAAGUGAACACCAAGCAGAACAAUCGUAAUAACAGUGUCUUUCGUUGGCCAUUACCUAAAGAUCCUAUGCAACUUCUUGUACUGAUAAUAGUGUGGCCGUUUGUUGCUCAAUUCUUUGUUUUUCUUCUCAAGCGAUGCCAUCGACGUAAAGUGUGAAACACAUGAAAACUAUACUAAACUAUUGACUAUUGAAGCUUAAAUAUCAAUGCACUUAAACAAAGUUGUCGUGUUAUUGCCAAACAAAUUUUUUGAAACGAAAACAAGUAGAUUUUAAUAUGUUGACGAUUUUCUAAAUCUGGAAAGUUAUUGAUAUUUUACAUAAUUUUUGUACCAACUCUUGUAAAGAGUUUAAUUAUACACAAGUUGCAUGUCUGUGGGUAAUAGUAUAUAUUUUGUAUAUUGCUGUUGAACAUUUUGCUACUACAUUUAGGGAAAUUUUUAAACGCCUGGCACUGAUUUUUGCUAUGCAUCAUGCGAAUUUUGUUCCUGGGAACACACAUCCUAAUUUGUAAAUAUUGUUGGGUAAAAAUAAAAUGAGAUAAAUAUUCUAUAGCAGUUAUCAAGUCAAGCAGAUUUUGUUCAAGAGAAGAGGAAUAUAGGAUAAAUAAAAUGGUGAUAUUGUUACUAUAUGGUUUAAGAGAUACAUGUUUAAACUGAAUAAAUGUUG